UACCCGUAGGAAAGCACAAACAUUGAACUGUUAAGUUUUUACCAAGAACUAUUUUUUUUCCCUAGAAAUAGGAGUACAGCUUUCCAAAUUUCCUGGUCUCUGACAUUAUUCCGAGACAACAAUUUCACCAUCAUCACUACACUCUACAAAUAAAGCCCAAUCCCCUGGAAAUCCAACCACAAACACUGCAACUGCAAACAAAAACCAUGGAAUCGAAAUCGAAGCCUCUCCUUGCCCUCCUCUGCCUCAUGAUCGCCAAAGGCAACUGCGUGUGCUUGCGCUGCAUGAACGACUUCGUCGUCGUCGGCCAGCAGCUGGCGGAGAACGAUCACGGCGAGCUCGGCGGCGGCGGCGACGAGCACACGAUGUACACGUUCGAGGUGACGGUGACGAACCGGUGCUGCUGCGAGGUGAGCAGCGUCGUCGUGGCGGCGCCGGGGUUCCGGAGCGCCGUCCCGGUGGAGCCGAAGCUGUUCCGGCGGAUCGCCGGCGGGGAGGAGAAGGGCUACUACCUCGUCGGCGACGGCGAGGCGAUCCCGAACAACGGGUCAAGCGUCACCUUCUUCUACGCGUGGAGCACCGUGUUCAGGAUGGAUGUCGUCAGCAUGACUGUCUCUAGAUGCCGGUAGGAGGAUUGCAGUCAAUUCAUGGAUGUUUCUAAUUGGAUGGAUGUAGUGAUGGUUUGAUGGAUUGAUGAAGGAUGAUGUAAGUGUUGAGCUGAAUUUAAUUAAAGCUACUGAAUAAUUUAUGAAAAGAGGAUCAUUUGAUGGCCU